AUGCUGUCACCAUGCCCGGCCGGAGCACCACCGGAUGCGCACUCCGUCGAGCACCAGCCGCGCGCACCCAAACCCCAUGGCGCGCCCCUCCUCCACCAGCUCCUCCCCGCGUGCACCACUCUCCGCGCCCUCCGCGCCCUCCACGGCCGCCUCCUCGCGCAGGCUCUCCUCCGCGGCAAUCCCCGCGCCGGCACCAAGCUGCUCAGCUGCUACGCGGCGCUGGGCGACCUCGCCUCGGCGCGCAUGGUGCUCGACGGAACGCCCCACCCGGACGCGUACGCCUACAAGGUGGCGCUCGGGCAGCACGCCGCCGCGGGGCGCCACGCGGAGACCCUCGCGCUCCACAGGGACAUGCGGAGGCGGUGCCCCGCGGCGCGGGCCGACGCCGUCCUGCUCUCCCUCGCGCUCAAGGCCUCCGUCAGGUCGGCGGACUUCCGCUACGGCAGGCGCCUGCACUGCGACGCCGUCAAGGCGGCCGGCGGCGGGGACGUGUUCGUCGCGAACUGCUUGGUCGACAUGUACGCCAAAGCCGGCGACUUGGAGAACGCGCGCAAGGUGUUCGACAGGGUUCCCGACCGGAACGUGGUCUCGUGGACGUCGAUGCUCAGCGGGUGCCUUCAGAACGGUUUCGCCGAAGAAGGGCUGGUUCUGUUCAACGAGAUGAGGCUACAUCAUGUGCUGCCGAGCGAGCACACGAUGGCGAGCAUGCUCACCGCUUGCACCAUGCUGCGUAGCUUACACCAAGGGAGGUGGAUUCAUGGAUCACUGCUCAAACAUGGCGUGGUCUUUAUUAACCCUUUCGUUGCUGCAGCUAUGCUGGAUAUGUAUGUCAAGUGUGGGGAGGUGGAGGAUGCUCGGCGCGUGUUUGAUGACCUCACUUCUGUUGACCUUGUUCUGUGGACUACGAUGAUCGUGGGUUACACGCAGAAUGGGAGUCCUAUUGAUGCAUUGCUCCUGUUUGUCAACGAGAAAUUCUCGCGCAUCGUCCCUAACUCAGUAACCAUAGCAACUGUUCUUUCAGCGUCUGCUCAGCUGCGCAACUUGUCUCUGGGAAGGUCGAUUCACGGGAUAUCAGUCAAGUUAGGCGUGGCUGAGUAUGAUGUGGUGAUGAACGCGCUUGUAGAUAUGUAUGCAAAGUGUAAAGCAGUGCCAGAGGCCAACGCCAUAUUUGAAAGGAUUUCAAACAAAGACGUUGUCACUUGGAACUCCUUGAUUGCUGGGUAUGUUGAGAAUGACAUGGGAAAUGAAGCUCUGAUGCUGUUCAGUCAGAUGAGGGUGCAGGGUUCUAAGCCUGAUGCCAUCUCCGUGGUGAACGCCUUGUCAGCCUGUGUUUCCUUGGGUGAUAUACUUAUUGGAAAAUGUUUCCAUACGUAUGCUGUCAAAUGUGCAUUUACGCCCAACAUUUAUGUCAAUACCGCUCUGCUAAACCUGUACAACAAGUGUGCUGAUCUCCCGUCUGCUCAGCGGGUGUUCAGUGAGAUGAAAACCCGCAAUUCUGUCACCUGGGGUGCCAUGAUUGGUGGUUAUGGUAUGCAGGGUGAUUCUGCUGGUUCUAUCGAUCUUUUCAAUGAAAUGCUCAAGGACAAUAUCCAGCCCAAUGAAGUAGUGUUCACAAGUAUCCUUUCCACUUGCAGCCACGCUGGAAUGGUUACUGUGGGGAAGAAGUGUUUCGAUAGCAUGACACUGUAUUUCAACAUCACUCCUACCAUGAAGCAUCAUGCAUGUAUGGUUGAUGUGCUCGCGCGUGCUGGAAAUCUGGAGGAAGCAUUGGAGUUCAUACAGAAGAUGCCAAUGCAACCAGAUGUUAGUGUCUGGGGUGCUUUUCUUCAUGGGUGCAAGCUCCAUUCCAGGUUAGAGUUUGGAGAGGAAGCCAUAAAUCGGAUGACGGCUCUUCAUCCUGAUACACCGGAUUUUUAUGUGCUGAUGUCCAACUUGUAUACCUCAUAUGGGAUGUGGGAUAAGUCUCUUUCUAUCAGGAGAUCAAUGAAGGAAAGAGGACUAGUCAAGCUACCAGGGUGCAGCUCUGUGGGACUAGAAAAUGAAUGAAUCCUCUCCGUGUCUGAACACAGAAGCUCACAAAGUUGCAUAUUCUCACCUGAUCAACCAUAUCAAGUUAUUGAUUAUUCUGAUAAAUUUAUCUUUGUAUCUAGGGUACACAAAAAAUCUAAUGCCGGGGAACAUGAAGCCUAGAAAAUUGUAAAUGUAUGUGGAACUCUGAUUUUGACUUAUGGAGACCAAAGAAGCAGAUUAAAGGAUGGAGCUCGCUCUGUAGACUGUGGAGUCUGUUGUCUGAUUCCUGAUAAUAAGGUAACUCAGAUUUAGGAAUGAAGCCUGAGAUGACAAGGAUGACAGAUAAGCUAAUUUUUGGGAAUGAAACCUGAG